UCAUUGUAAUUGUUUCCUCAAUCCGAUAUUGCAAUUUCAAUCUCUGCGCUAUGCCAUGCGCCAUGGAAGAACCAUCGUUUCUUCACUCUCCUCUCCUCUCCUCAAAAACCCUUCAAUCCAUUUGGGCAACAUCCUUCUUCUCGCAUCUCUCACUAAAACCCUAUCGGAGUCUGGAACACGAAACCUCGAUCCAAACUCCAUCCCCCUAUCCGAGCCUCUGCUCCUCCAAAUCCUCCGCAAAAAUUCCCUUGAAGCCUCAAAGAAGCUCGACUUCUUUAACUGGUGUCGCUCUCUCAAGCCAAACUUCAAACACUCGGCCGUCACUUACUCCCACAUUUUCCGGAUCCUUUGUCGAUCUGGGUUCGUCGAGGAAGUCCCUAAUUUGCUCUUCUCGAUGAAGGAAGAUGGUGUUGUUGUUGACUCUAAUACCUUCAAAGUCUUGCUUGAUGCUUUUAUUCAGUCCGGUAAGUUCGACACCGCCCUUGAAAUUCUUGAUUAUAUGGAAGAAUUCGGUGCUUGCUUGAAUGCUAGUGUUUAUGAUUCGGUUCUCGUGGCUUUAUGUAGAAAAGGCCAACUUGGUUUGGCUUUAUCUAUAUUUUGUAAGCUUUUAGAAGCUUCUAAUGGGAAUGAUAAUGGGGAUUCCAUUGUUUGUUCACUUCCUGGCUCCUUUGCAAUUAACGAGUUGCUUGUUGCUCUCAGAAAAGCUGAUAGGAGAGCAGAAUUCAAACAAGUUUUUAAUAAAUUGAGAGAGAAAAAGGAGUUUGAAUUAGAUACAUGUGGUUAUAAUAUAUGCAUUCAUGCUUUUGGGUGUUGGGGUGAUUUGGCUGCUUCUUUGAGCCUCUUCAAAGAGAUGAAAUUAAAAGAAAAGAGUUUGAAUUCCGGUUCAUUUGGUCCUGAUUUGUGUACCUAUAACAGUCUCAUUCACGUGCUUUGUUCGGUUGGCAAGGUGAAAGAUGCUUUAGUUGUGUGGGAGGAAUUAAAAGUGUCUGGUCAUGAGCCGGAUGAGUUUACUUACAGAAUUCUUAUACAAGGGUGUUCAAAAUCAUACAGAAUCAACAAUGCAAUGGAAAUUUUUAGUGAGAUGCAGUAUAAUGGGUUUGCUCCUGAUACGGUUGUGUAUAAUUCUCUUCUAAGUGGAUUAUUCAAGGCCCGGAAGCUGAUGGAAGCAUGCCAGCUAUUUGAGAAAAUGGUUCAGGAUGGUGUAAAGGCCUCGUGUUGGACUUACAAUGUUCUGAUAGAUGGUUUGUUUAGGAAUGGCAGGGCCGAAGCUGCUUAUACCCUGUUUUGUGAUUUGAAGAAGAAGGGACAAUUUGUUGAUGGUGUCUCUUACAGCAUUGUCGUGUUGCAGCUUUGUAGAGAAGGUCAGCUUGAGGAGGCACUACAAUUGGUGGAAGAGAUGGAAGCCAGAGGCUUUCUUGUCGAUUUAGUUACUAUAACAUCACUCUUGGUGGGAUUUUAUAAGCAAGGUAGGUGGGAUUGGACGGAGAGGUUGAUGAAGCACAUUCACGGUGGCCAUCUAGUUCCAAAUGUUCUCAAGUGGAAAGCCAAUAUGGAGACUUUAAUGAAAAAUCCACCUAAAAAUAGAAAGGAUUACACUUAUCUGUUCCCAUCAAGAGGGGAUUUUACUGUGAUGGGGAGUUAUGCUGGCCAAGCAAUGGGCAGUAAUGUUGAUUCUGAAGAUUGUGAUGAGAAGGAUCAGGAGAUGUCAUUCAUUGAAAGUGAUCAGUGGUCAUCGUCCCCAUAUAUGGAUCAAUUAGCUAAUCAAGCAACUGAACAUUCUUCUUGGUUGUUUUCACUGAGAAGGGGGCAAAGAGUUAAAGAAAAGGGGAUUGGUUAUUUUGAUGUUGAUAUGGUGAAUACUUUCUUAUCUAUAUUUUUGGCCAAGGGAAAACUGAGUUUAGCCUGCAAGUUGUUUGAAGUAUUCACCGAUAUGGGUGUGAAUCCUGUUAGUUACACAUACAACUCCAUUAUGAGUUCAUUUGUCAAGAAGGGAUAUAUCAAUGAAGCUUGGAGUGUCCUGAAUGAAAUGGAUGAGAAAGUGUGCCCCGCAGACAUAGCUACCUACAAUCUUAUAAUUCAAGGCCUGGGGAAGACUGGAAGAGCGGACAUCGCAAAUUCAGUUCUAGAGAAACUAAUGAAGCAGGGUGGUUAUCUUGACAUAGUUAUGUACAACACCCUGAUCAAUGCACUGGGAAAGGCUGGUUACAUCGAUGAAGCUAGCAGACUCUUUGAACAGAUGAGGUCUAGUGGGAUAAACCCUGAUGUUAUCACUUACAAUACACUUAUUGAAGUUCACACCAAGGCUGGUCAGUUAAAGGACGCAUACAGAUUUUUGAAAAUGAUGUUGGAUGCAGGCUGUUCACCGAAUCAUGUUACGGAUACCAUUUUGGAUAAUCUAGGAAAGGAAAUUGAGAAACUGAGGCUGCAAAAGGCAUCUAUUGUGCACGAUAAUAACAAUGGGGAUGAUACCUAAAGAGUUAUUGAAAGGUAAUUAGAAGGAUAGGUAGGGAAUUUCGGGCAAUGGGAAAAUUCUGUUCGUUCUAAUUGCAUGGAAUUGUUGGAAGUUUCGAUUUUCUUUAUUUCAAUUACAAACUUGGAGUUACAUUGAAGUUUGUCAUGUGUAAUGUGACUUUCUCCAUACGAAUCGAAACAUAAGAACAAAAUUGGAUUUAUUCCUUGAAUAAGAAUGAAUUGAAUUGGUACAAUACUCCAAAGAACCUCAUUCACAUGGAUGAGAAUUGAGGAGAAGAAUGAUAUACGGGGAACCCAAAACUGUCUGCUUUGAAUGAUUAGAACAGACCACACAAUACAGAAAAUCCCAGCAAGACAAGCCAGACUAUGUGAACCAAAAGCAGCACUUGCCCGGAACACAAAGUGCUACCUCCACUCCCAACUUCACAAAAUCCUAGUUUCGCCACGCAGGUACCAGUGCAUAAGGCAUCUUCGCAACAGCACCAGUACAUGACGCCGUUGACACCGCAUACUGGCUCCGUUCUGAAGCAAUUCACAGGGCGUGAUGCCGGCUUAGUGAACCUUGCACAGACUUAUUUGCUCUCGUCGAAUCUACCGGAAGGUAAUCGGAGGACCCCAAAUCAACCGGGGCCAAACACACUAGCGGUAGCCAGAAACACAAGAAGAGCAGGAUGGUGAAGACGGUGGCGUGAAGCACGGCAUGUGGGGGUUCAAUUGAAAGUAUUUCCUGCAAUCAAAAAUUGAAUCCAACCCCUACCGCCAAUUGGCUUCAAACUAAUGAAGAUUUAAAGACGCAAGGUGGAUUGAGGAGAGAGAAAAGAGGCGCGAAAGUCGUGGAAUCAACGUCCA